GUCCAUGACAUCAGCCUCCGAGGGUGUCUCGGUGCCGCCUCCGCCGCCAGCGUGGCCCCGCGUGCCAGCCAGGCCGCGCCCGGCCCCCCGCCACUCGCCGCCGCCCGCGCCCGCCCAGCCAAUGGCGGCCGCGGGCCAGCAUCCCCGGCGCUGGCGGCCCCGCCUUCUGGCCGGGCGGCGCGGCGGGACUGGUUGUUAUGGCAACUGAGGCGGUCCGGGAGGACGCGGCCCCGCCCUCCCCGCCUGCGCCGUGGCUCCGGGCCGCACGAGUGUUAGUGUUAAUGUGAACGGGGCCGAGUUGACACCCGUGAGGGUGAGGCCGCCGUGUUGAGCCUCCGCCUGGCGACUCGCGCUGACCCCCGCCACAGUGAUGCUGCAGCCCGCACGCCCCGCACACCACCACACCCUCGGCGCCACCACACGCCGCUGAGCGUUCCGGCCGCGGCGGAGUGCACGCCGCGCAGUGCGUACCGAAGCAGGCACACGGCCGCCAGCAAGCAGGAAGGCAAGGAGUAGCAGGAGCAGGAGGCGGCAGGAAGGAGUCAGGAGGAGGCAGCCAGGCAGGCGGGCCGGUGUGUGAUGGCCUGAGUUUUCCGCUCCGCACGAGUCGCCGCAACACGCUGCCACCAUGAUCAUUUGUUGUGCGGGCUGCGACAAACCCAUCAUGGACAAGUUCCUGCUGACGGUGCUGGAAAGGACUUGGCACGCGGAGUGUGUGCGCUGCGUGGACUGUGGCUGUGCCCUCACCGACAAGUGCUUCAGCCGCGAGGGAAAACUCUUCUGCAGGAGCGACUUUUUCAGGUUGGUGUCGGAAGCAGAUGGCUGGCAACCGCGGUUCGGGACCAAGUGUUCGGGGUGUCUGCAGGGCAUCUCUCCGCAGGACCUGGUGAGGAAGGCCCGCGACCGCGUCUUCCACCUCAAGUGCUUCACCUGCUGCGUCUGCCGCAAGCAGCUCUCCACCGGCGAGGAACUCUACGUGCUCGACGAGAACAAAUUCAUCUGUAAACAAGACUACAUGGGCGGCAAGGCCAUGUCGGACUCCUUCCCCGGCGGGUCUGACGACGAGGAGGAGGAGUCCAUGGACGUCAAGCCGCCCGUGGAGACCAACAACAACACCAGCACGCCCCCGGUGGGCACCCAGGGGCCCAUCCCCACGCCCGCCCUCACAGCCAACCCCAGCGCCCUGGUGUCCUCGCCCUCGGGCCCCAACACGCCCACGGGGGGAGCGGGGCUCCCGGUGGCCAUGAUGAGCAGCGGGCGGCCCGGCACGCCCACAAGGCCCCUCGGGGUCGUGCCGCCCACCAGCACCACGCCGCUGCUCGAGUCCAUGAGUGUGGGCGAGUCCAAGGUCAACACUCCCUUCGCGGGCUUCAACGUGAGUAUGUGCGGGGUGAGUAUUUCCCGCGACACGCCGCCAACGGACAAGGACGGCGGCAACUUCCACGACUCUGACGUGUCUGACGCGGAGGGCAGCAGCGAGGCGAAGGAGCAGGGCAGCAGCGCGGAGGCCAAGCUGGCGGACGACGAGAAGGGUGGGAACAAACGGCGGGGACCCAGGACCACUAUCAAGGCGAAGCAGCUGGAAAUCCUCAAGACUGCCUUCGCCUCCACGCCCAAGCCCACGAGACACAUCCGGGAGCAGCUGGCCAAGGAGACGGGCCUCCCCAUGCGGGUCAUACAGGUGUGGUUCCAGAACAAAAGGAGCAAGGAGCGGCGCAUGAAGCAGCUCUCGUCCAUGGGCAUGCGCGCGCACCUCUUCGGCAACCCAAGGAAGCUGCGCGGGAUGAGGAUGUCGCCUAGCAUGGAGGACGGCUUUCCCUACUACGGAGACGCCUUCGGGUACGGUCCCCAGGGCUUCCACGACUUCUUCCCUGGCCAGGGUCCCCCGCCUCCCCCCGGCAUGAGUUUCCCGCAUGGCCUGCCCCCGUCCAUGGAGCAGCCGCUACCUCCUGGGGGUCCCAUGAGUGACUUCCCGGGCCUGGGUGGACUGGGGGCGCCGCCGGUGUCUGAGGGCGGCCACUUCAUGACGCAGCCCCCCGACAUGCUCUCCCUGUCCCAGCGGUCAUCCCCCGAGGGCAUGAUCAUGGCGCACGGGGGUCAGGGAGGCAACUUUGACCACCAGGUGAACGAGGGUCUGGUGUGGUGACAUGAAGCUGACCUCUGAUGACGCACCAGGCCCUUCGAGGUGCUCUCCAGCGACGUCGCCAGAGGAAUGUCUCCACUGCUCUCCUGUUACCUGCCAACACCUCCACCACCUCCACCGCCUCCACCACCUGGGCAGCGCGGUGUUCAGCCCUCGCCCCCGCCACCCACCCCACACUGACCACUCCGGCUUCCCUACCCUGCCCUGCCCCAGGAGGUUAAAUGUUCAAAGUAACCAACCACCUUACGCGUCGCCACCAGGAGGGAGUGUCACCAAGGGGCACCAAAUCGUCACUAUAUUAUAGAGUUCGUGGCUGAAAUCAAGGUCAGGUCAUGUCGUGCUCUCUUUUACCUUGGCUUGAGUGUUCUGCUGCAGAGAUCCGGAGAACGCUUGUGGCAUCCCUAGCAGCCUCAGGCACUUCCAAAGGCGUUUUGAGGAGUCACACACUCACAGUCGAUCCCAGAACGGACCUCCAACGCAGCUCAUGUUCUCUCUGGUAAAACUUCGCCCUCCAUGACAAAAAGGAAAGAUUUUAAAGAGAAAUAUAAAGCAUUCGUUGCUACGUGGAGCUGGUGGAGUCUGUCUGGCACGGCUGUCACCGCCGCCACAAAACAUGAUCAAAGGGAUGUUGAAAAAUGGUCCCGAUCAUUCACUUGAGAGGAUGGAUUAUAUCCCUCGUACAUUAGUGUGAUUACGGUGAACAAGAAACUGUGUAAAUAUAUAAUAUACGAAGUGUCGGAGUGUCGUUUGCACUGGGAAAGUAAUCGAGUGGUUGAGGGAAAUUAUUGUAUCCAGCAGCUACGAAAUUAAUUUUGGUUUGCCCGCUGACGGGUCUGGUUUAUACGUACGUGGUGCCGCAACAUGGUGCAGAAAAGUAAACUAAGGAAAGAAAUUUAUAGAAACAAUCAUUGAAAAACUAUGAAGUAAAAGGUAAAUGAAACGAAGCAAUAGUUCGAAGUGUCUCGCCAGGCACUGCUCGAGCUGUCCUCCAGACAUUCGCGCACACGCAGCGCUGACGUGGACUGAGUGAGUGUCUGUGUCUGUUCUAUGUUCCUAUGUCUAGAUGUAGCGUUGCUGGCUGAGGAAUCGCGCACACAAAGGUAAUAAUUUAUGUAGCUUCUGCCCCUUUAUUGAAAACCACCCGGGCGCCAGGCGCUUCCCGUGGCCCAGUGAAGGUAGUGAGGGGCGGGGCGUGGCGGCCCGGGCCAGGAGCACCUGCAGCUCUUCCCCAGCCAGCUACUUCCUUUCAAAAGCAGCUUCAGUUUUCACAUCCCUCUAUUUGAGCCCACCUACCCCUUUAUCAUUGCCCAGCCGUGCGAAAUAUGCUCCUAGAGAAGCUAUUUUGGUGGCCCGCGAGUGUGCCUAAGAGCCCCCUUGUCUCUCCCCAGGGCCUAAUAUUCUCAGUUGUCUAUUCCAUAUCUUUUCAGUUUUUGAGGAGACUUUUUAACCCUUGCAAGAUCUUGUUUUGGGAUAAUAUUCACGAAAGCGUAGCCUCCUCUGGCGGCGGCCGCGGCGGCGGUCCAGCCGGUGUUGCGAGAAAUAUCUCCUCGCAGAAAUAAAUCGUAUAUACAUGGGGGAGGGCGCAGCCCCCCCCCCUGGUUAGGAGGUUAUGUAAAGUUCGGUUGGAGUAGUUUAGAUAUGCUCCCCCACCCAAAACCCUCGAUUUCCCACGGGUGUCCAAGUUGAACCUCUCUGCGAGCUAUUUUGCGGUGGCGGCGGCGGGUCCCGGAGAAAAAUACUAUCUCCAUGAUAAACAGCAUCAUAUUUUGUCCAGAAAUAAGCAGUCACCAUCUCGAAAUUGGUAGGCUACACAUUCGUGAAUAUUCCCCCUUGUUUUGGUAUGCACCUUUGUGGCAUCCUUUGGUGUAGCUUUUUUAACAAUCGGCCCUCAAGUUCUCCAUAGCUUAGGGGCACCAGGUCUAAAUAUGGCACUGCAUGAUUUGCAUGAUAGCUACACAACCACAGAGUUCAUGACAAUUCUGCAUACAUGACCAAUCAGUUUCAAAGAUGGACGAGAGAGGAGAAGCUAGUAACUAGACCAAACGCCUCAAAAUGUGUGAAAAUAUUAGUUCUCAAUUAUGUUGAAGAUGGGGAGGGGAGGGGCCUCAGCAGCUUACACAAAGAAAGAAUUCCAUCAGGUAACAACACUACGAGAAAAGCAGUGUUCAGGGUCCAUGUUGGGAUAUGCAGAAGGAAAUCUUGAUUAUUUUGACCGAGUUAUCAUGCCCAAGGACUCGCUGAAUAUCUGAUAUGUUAGCCCCUUCUACCCAAGGUUACGUUUAUAUUUAAUAUCGGGAUAUCUUAGAUGAGUAUGAAGUGGGAAUUGCAUGGAAAAAACUCAUUUGAAUUAAUAGUAAAAUGGAAGUUCCUUCAGAGCCUUUUGUUCCUACUUGAAGAUGUUUGCGUCGGCUCAUUUUACAAAGGUAUACACUAAGUGGUGAUGUGUCGCAUCUGGGCCAGAACAAUGUCACUGAUGCCACAGUAGAGGAACUACAUACUGUAGUUUCCCAAAGAUCAUGAGGCAAGGCAGUGACAAAUUUAAAUAUGAUUCUCUGCUAUAUUUAAUGUACAACAAUAUCUGGGCCUCCAAUGGUCAGACUUCUCCGCAGUGCAGUGGUGAGUGUCCUUAACUAUGAAUCUGCAGGCCUGGGUUCGAAUCCUAGCCUGGGCAGUCGACAUGCAGCGCACUCAGCUGUUCAUCCUUCUUUUCAGGAUGGUCGGUAUAUGGGUACCUAGGGAAACCUGGGGAAGGUAAACUGUGGUAACCCAGAUGUUACACUGGCCCUGUGUCAGGUUAAUGGGUUCUUUCCCACCACAGACUCAAAGAGCCCAUGGAAUGGAGUUGAGCCAUAUGCAUCUAUAGCACAUACUCCCAAUUUUUUUAAAUCUGGGCUUCAUGAACGUAAGGCACUUGAGCUGCACUGGCAUUACUGGCACUGCAGUGAGCAUACGGGGUUUUCAAAGGGGCUUCACAGGCACUAUCCUUUCUGUUAUUACCUCUCCUCUCCUAUAUCCUCCCUUUUGUACUUCCCAAAGAUUCAAAGAGGAGUAUAGGCCAUACCUCGUUUCCCUUUGUAAUGUCAUCCAUGGGAAUAUAUUUAUGAAAGAAAGAGCUGUGUACCACUUAUCAUCUUGGACACUUAAACGCCAGAUCUUAAGCUGGAACACGUUUUCAUAUUUUGCAAUUUCUUGGUGCAAAUGUUCAUCUCAGAAAAUCCAGUAUAGAAAAGAGUUAAUUACUACCUUAGCCCAGGAGAAUAAUUCAUGCAGAGUUUUUUGUAUUUUUAUUUCCAGCCUUGAGUGAAGUUUAUUUGUCCAUUAAAUAUUUUUGACGUAC